AUGGAAUCAACGGCCUUGCUAAAUACUUUCCCCACUUUUAAAAGACCACCUUGCAAAGGAAUUUCCAUAAAAACUGCCAUGCCCAUGUUGAAUCCAAAGAUUCAUCUGGGCUCCCAUUUUCGAAAGCAUUGUUGCACAAGUAUUGGGCGAAAUUACAACAAAUACAUGGGUUCUGUAGCUAUUAAAACUCCGGAUAAUGAAAUUGACAACGUUGAGGACGCGCAAGGGGAAAAGGGGUUUAGUUCUAGUACCAGUAGUGUGGAUUGGAAGGCAGAGUUUCUAGGGGAGAUAGACCCAUAUGGAUAUUUGCCCCCUAAGAAGAGGAAAAAGGAACCCAAGUCGAGGUUGUUAGAAGAAUCUGAUAAAAUGGAAUGGUGUGUGAGAGCUAGGAAGAUUGCUUUGAAAUCUAUUGAGGCUAGAGGAUUAACUGCUAAAAUGGAAAGGGUAGUUAUCGGUGAUAGAAAGAAGAAGAAGAAAAAAAAGAGCCCCAAGAAACCCAAGAUUGAUAAAAUCAAUCCAUUAGGAUCUGAUAUAGAAGAAGAGGAUGAGGGUUCUGAUUCUGAAGGGGCAGAGUUUGAUGUGGGUGAUAUUGAUUCUUUGGACAUGGCUGAUCAUCUUAGGAGAUCAGUGGGCAUGCUUGCAGGUGGAAUGUUUGAAGAAAGAAAGGGGAAAACAAUGGAAACAUUUGUUCAGAGGCUUUCACAAUUUUCGGGGCCUUCUGACCGUAGGAAAGAAAUUAAUCUGAAUAAAGCAAUUGUUGAAGCGCAGACUGCCGAGGAAGUUUUGGAGGUUACAGCUGAGAUAAUCUUGGCUGUUGCAAAAGGACUUAACCCUUCACCUCUUUCACCUUUGAAUUUAGCCACGGCAUUACAUAGGAUUGCCAAGAACAUGGAGAAAGUAUCGAUGAUGAGAACACGGAGGUUGGCAUUUGCUCGGCGGAGAGAGAUGUGCAUGCUUGUAGGGAUGGCGAUGACUGCCUUGCCUGAGUGCUCAGCACAAGGAGUUUCAAAUAUUGCUUGGGCAUUGUCAAAGAUUGGUGGUGAGCUUCUUUAUACGUCAGAAAUGGACAGGGUCGCAGAGGUGGCCUUGACUAAGGUUGCCGAGUUCAAUUCACAAAAUGUUGCCAACAUUGCAGGUGCUUUUGCUUCAAUGCAUCACUCUGCUCCGGAUCUCUUUUCAGAAUUAUCAAAAAGGGCCUCAGAUAUAAUUCUCACUUUUCAGCCACAGGAAAUUGCUCAGGUGUUGUGGUCUUUUGCCUCUCUUUAUGAGCCUGCUGACUCUUUGCUGGAGUCUCUUGAUAAUGCUUUUGCGGAGAUGAAGCAAUUUAAGUGUUGCAUAGUCAGUGAAACAUCUAAUUUUGGUGAAGGAAGAGCAGCAGGGAGUAGUGGAAAUGUUGAGUCUGAAGAACUUUUAGGGCAUCAUGUUCUUGAGUUUAAUAGAGAUCAGCUGGGGAAUAUAUCUUGGUCAUAUGCUGUUCUUGGGCAAAUGAGUCGAGUUUUCUUUUUCCAUGUGUGGCGAACUCUAAGCCAUUUUGAGGAGCAACAGAUUUCUGAGCAGUAUCGGGAAGAUAUUAUGUUUGCUUCUCAGCUUCAUCUAGUGAAUCAAUGUCUCAUGCUAGAAUAUCCGCAUCUUCAGUUAUCUCUUCCAAGUGUGCUGGAAGAGAAAAUUGCUCGGGCUGGAAAAACUAAGAGAUUUAAUCAAAAGGUGACUUCCUCAUUUCAGAAGGAGGUGGCCCGUCUUCUUGUUAGCACUGGCUUAGAUUGGGUCAAAGAAUACACUGUAGAGGGCUACACUUUGGAUGCAGCCUUGGUUGAUCGGAAAAUUGCUAUGGAAAUCGAUGGGCCGACUCAUUUCUCGAGAAAUUCUGGGGUUCCACUGGGGCAUACCAUGCUAAAACGCCGUUACAUUACUGCAGCUGGGUGGAAUCUUGUCACCGUGUCUCAUCAAGAGUGGGAAGAACUUCAAGGCGAGUUUGAGCAGCUCGACUACCUCAGGAGAAUACUAACGAUCACAUAG